UUCCCCUCGUGUGUUUUCCGAUCGAUUCUCCAGCGCUUCCCUUCCCAUCCAUCCUUCUGCCCGUCUGGACUUGAACUCUUGACCUCACCACUCAACUUUCCCUGGUCUCUUGCGACCUCCCCUUAUCUCUUCUGCCCCCACGUUCUCGCUGGGGCUUCCAGGUCCACCCCCCUGGGAACUCCAUCUCCAUUAGCGCCAGGCCAAAUCAUCCUUGUGGCCCUCCCCGGCGCAGUUUUUGUGUUCCACCCCCCUGAGCUGCGACCUCCGUUUGCCUCUCCACUCCUACCGCCCCCAGCCCGAAUCCGAAUCCAAAUCCAAAUCCAACUUGGAUACGGAACGGUACCACUUUCUGGUUCGGCUCGCCUGUGGUUACCGCUGAAUCUUUGCCGGUGGUUCCCCCAGCAUGAGGCCCGUUUAACUCAACUUCCUGGUUGCAGAGAGAUAUGGAAGCGUCACAUCCGCCCCCCGAGGGGAUUAUGCUUCCCCCCAGCCCGGUUGGUUCGACCGAUUCACUCGACUCGACCUCGUCCGGCUCUCCCACAGAGCUCUCCAGAGAGGCGAAAUGCGGCGAUAACGUCAUGAUCACUCUGUCCCUCACACCUGAUCCCCCCGUGCAAACUCCUACUCGUCUCCCUUUUACGCGUUCCCAUUUCCGGUCACGAUCGAUGGUCGAGGUCCCCGGCCUCCCCCCCAUGACCCGCGCCCAUUCGUCGCCAGGGCUAGACUCACGGGGAAGAUAUAUAUUUGGCACCAAUCGCGGGUCUCCGGCGAACGUGGGGGAUGCUGCGCAGCGCUAUCUGCCCUUGCAGGUCACCACUGGAGACGGCCUAGAGUCCAGAAUGGUACCCCUGAACAUAUCGGAGACCAUCUCAGAACAUGCGGAGCUGGAUACCAGCCUGGUCUCCUCUCCCUCCCAACUCGACUACCACCCGACCUCGCCGGUUUUCUCGCAUACGCUGCCUCGUGUCGGCCGUCGCCGACCCUCGUCCCCUCUUCACUUCCAAAGCCCAACCUCGUCCGCCCAGGCGAUGGGCAGUCCCUCCGGUCAUUCCUCCCCCGUGAUCCUGGGGAUGAGAUAUAAUGAGUCCUACCCGGGGUAUUCGGCAUCUGCGACAUCCUCUGUACCCUCGACCCCGACGAGCCUUCGAUCCCGCAGUCCGAGCAUCUCCUCGUUGGAGACGAUCCCCGAUAUCCCAGACGCCGAAGCUGCAGCCAUCGAGGCGGACAGGAUCGCGGCAUUGAAAGCUGCAGCCGAUAAGGCGGAUGAGGCAGAAGCGGCGAGCAACGGUAAUCGACGGCGUGGGGCAUCCGACGCUUCGGGGCCAUCCAGCAGUCUGACGAUGCGGGGCGGAUCGGUGGGCUACGGUGCGCGGGCAGAUAAACGCAAACGUUGGAGUGUGUGUGGAGCCGAGCGUCGACAGGAUUUAGACUUGGAAACGAUCUGGGAAGACUGAGCGCGAUGCAGACAUCGAUCUCACCAUCCGUCAGCGUACUCGGCAUACCUAUGUCGCUCAGUGACAAUUGGACACCCGUUCAAUGUUAUGUUUCUGCCGGGUUGUCAUAUCAGAUACCCAACUCGACAACCCGUACACCACCAUCCAUCAUAUUGGGAAUGAAUCCUAUCACUUUAGGAGACAACACAGUUCAAACGUCUUUGCUUGUUGCUUCUCGCUGUGUAUCAGGCGCCAAUACGGAAAUCCUCAACUGCCACUGACUGUUUCCGCCUUCAUCCUCAACAAUCAUCAUUAGCUCUUGCACAGGAAGGCCGCGGCUGAGAAUCGCGCAGGUUCGUCGAUGCUCUGCCAGUCGAGUUUGUUUAUCUUAUCUGGUUCUCUUUCCAGCAUGGCGCAUGGUACUUUCUUCAUGCCAUUGGGGGCGUAUUGCGUAUUGCUU